GAGGGGGUGCUAGGUGCUCAGGGUGAUGUGAGGGGUCAGAGCAACAUUCAGAAAGUGAUGGAGAAGAUCGAUCGAAUCCCGUCUCGAAGGUUCAGCAGUUCUGGUGGUUUGUCAGUGUGGUCCCCGAGCGCCGAGCGCGGCAGUGAUGUGUGAUGUGGUGAGGUGGGGUUUCAGGAACGGACCUCGUAACCGUGGUCAAGACCGGCGAUGCACGAGUCCGUCCUGUCCUGUCCUGUCCAUUGGUCCCAGGGGUCCUUCUUUUUGUUAUUGUUCUGUGCCUUGGACUUUGGUAUGUGUAGUGGGUUAGGAAAAGAGACCGGGAAGUAGGUAAUAUCCACAUGUUAGGGAUUCAGUAAGUAGAGAGAGGUAGCUCUUUUCUCGCUUACCUUACGUAGGUACUUCAAGCUUCUUUCUCCCGCUCUUUCCUUCCUCUUAUUUACUCCUUCAUCCUCUUAUCUUCUCUUCCUCCCUACAAAACGGCUAUUAUUUCCACCUCUAACCUACCGCACUCACCCUCGCUCUCUAUCCUCGCCUCUUAGCAGACGUGCUUUCGCUCUUGCUCCACACGACUUUUGCUCAUAGCUUAAAUUGCUUCGUGUUUACGAGAUACCCAUUUGCUCAUCACGAUCAUCCUUUCGGCUACUUAUCUUAACCGGGAACUCUUGGAGAUCACGGCCGAAGAACGCUAGCGACGUUAUCAUCUAAAGACACCUUCAGUACCCAACUCAAACGCUCAACUACCAAUCAGUCAAAAUGGGCAAGAUCACCACCCUCCUCUUUGACUGCGACAACACCCUCGUCCUCUCGGAGGAGGUUGCCUUCGAAGGCUGCGCCGACCUGAUUAACCAGAUCGCCGCCACCAAAAACAUCCCGCUCGAAAAGCCUUUCACGGGCGAAUCGCUCAUCGUUGAGUUUGUUGGCCAGAACUUCCGGGGCAUGCUGCGCUCGCUGCAGGAGCGGUACGGCUUCCCGCUCACCGAUGAGGAAAUGGAGAUGUACGUGAAGAAGGAGGAGGACGUGGUGAUUGCCAAGAUCCAGGAAAAGCUCUCGCCCUGCCCUAAUGUCGACGGCGUGCUCGAGCGACUGGCGGCUGAGGGCAAAUACGAGCUUGCGGUCGUGAGCAGCUCGGCGCUGCGCCGCGUCAAGGCCAGCAUUGAAAAGGUUGGCCAGGACAAGUACUUUGGCGACCGUGUGUUCAGCGCGGCCACGAGUCUGAACCCGCCGACGAGCAAGCCCGAUCCGGCCAUCUACCUACACGCGCUCAAAGAGCUGGGAAAGAAGGCGGAGGAGUGCCUGGCGAUCGAGGACAGCAAAAGCGGGACGCUAAGCGCCGCGAGGGCUGGCAUCAAGGUCAUUGGUUAUGUUGGACCCUACAAGGCCGAGGAACGACUUAAGAUGGAGAAGGUCCUGGCGCAAGCGGGUGCUUCCAUCAUCAUGAGGGACUGGAACCAGUUUGAGGGGUACCUGGCGGCGAUCGAGAAGGGUGACUUUUAGAGGGCGUUUUUAGAUGAUAUCCAUCGUGUUUUCUUGGUUUUGCAUAAAUUAGACCGAAUUUCUUUCAGUUGCGCCAGUCCAUCAGGAAACUGUUUACGCUCUGAAGAGUUGACCUGCUCGGGUUGGCAUCGGGAAAUGCCGUCAUGAUAUGACCCAGCUUCACCCGAAUGGAAGCCUUAUUGUGAUUCUGUCC